AUGAUUUUUGAAGAGAGCGAACCUUUUGACGAUGAUGUGGAGGAAGAGGAUGGAAGGAAGCAGCCAAACCCAGCAUCAGAACAAAGCAGUCAGCAUGGAGCAAGUGAGGAAAUAUGGAUGUCGAAAAAUUUUGCAAUGAUAUCAUCUCGACCAAGAAAAGAGCUACCUCGCAAGGCUGCCAAUGUGAUAAGGAUGCAACCAAGGCCAACACGGAUAUCAGAUACUCACUCACAGGACCUCAAGUCUUUUUUGAGCUAA